AUGGCACAGCGUGAGGAUGCGGAAGAGCUGCCAGAUGAGGCGACCGAGCAGCCCGCAGGGCCACGGGAGCAGCCUGCAGCAGCCAACGAGCGCACGGCGCCAGAGCUGCCGCCAGCGAUAACGCGCGAGGCGCGGGACGCCGCCACUGCCCACUUUGGCGCCAGCACUGCAGAGGAGGCGGCGCACAUUCUGUGGCGGCUCAAGUGCGUGCUGCUGGCACGCAACCCGCUGCUGGCCUGGGGUGUGGCCAUCCCCGGGGGGGCGCAGUUGCAAGUGCAGGGCGCACCGUCACGGGUGUAG